GGGUUUCCAAGUGAUGGCAAAAGUGAUGAUGGUGUGCUGUGAGAUAUAGACAUAAACAGAACCAAAUAUUGGUACAGAGUGUGCUUGGGGUUCUCAAGUGUCUUUUCCCUUCCCCUUUUGGAGUGGCCAAGAGAUUUUCCCAUUUUUUCUCCACCCCGUGGUUGAAGUUGAGGGGCUCAAACAGUUCAAGCUGUGACGUGAGCCGAAGAGAACAAAACGGAAGAAGCAACAGUAGGAAGCGCGCAAACACAGCAACAAGCUAGAGGGAAAGGAAAACUCUUUUUUUUCUGCCAAAGCGCCUAAUCGUUGUAACAGCCCGAACCAGAAGGACAAAAAUGAAGUGACAUCGUCCCCAGCCGUCGCGUUCCGGUCGAUUGAGAUCUCGCCCCCAGCCGUCGCACCACGAGAACAAAGCCGUUCACCAGGGGUCUCCGUGAGUUGCAAUGCAAACAACCGAUCCGGGGGGAAACGGCCAGGGACCCACCACGACUGCGGCAACUGCCACCGCCAACAACAACAACAGCAGCUACAACAACGGUUCCACGUCCGGGCGCUCCUCGCCGAAACCGCCGGCCGGAUCAUGGGCAUCGAUGAAGGCCAGCGUCCUGCGAUGGCGCGGCUCCCGGAAGCUGGUCCUCGUCAUCGUGGCCAUCGCGCUGCUGCUCGACAAUAUGCUGCUGACCGUCGUUGUGCCAAUCAUCCCCGAGUUCCUGUAUGACAUCAGGCAUCCGGAUGCGCCGCUAGCUAGUUUCCCGAAGGAGCCGCCGACGACGUUGUCUCCGUGCGAGAAGGAAACCACCACUCCGUACAAUGGCAUCGACGUCACCACCCCGGGCUACGACAACGCCAGUUGGUACGCCGAACGGGAGGAACGCCACAAGGAGCUGGUGGAGGAAACGGUCGAGGUCGGGCUGAUGUUCGCGUCCAAGGCCUUCGUCCAGCUGCUCGCGAACCCCAUUGUCGGUCCACUAACGCAUAAGAUAGGUUACAGCAUCCCCAUGUUUGCCGGGUUCGUCAUCAUGUUCAUUUCUACGCUAAUUUUCGCCUUCGGUAGAACGUACUCCGUUCUGUUCCUGGCGCGAGCACUGCAAGGAAUCGGGUCGUCCUGUUCUUCCGUGUCCGGCAUGGGAAUGCUGGCCGAUCGGUACACCGACGACAAGGAGCGCGGCAACGCCAUGGGCAUCGCACUCGGGGGGCUUGCCCUCGGCGUCCUCAUCGGUCCACCCUUCGGAGGCAUCAUGUACGAAUUCGUGGGCAAAUCGGCCCCCUUCCUGAUCCUGUCGGCGUUGGCCCUCGGCGACGGUCUGCUCCAGCUGGUGAUGCUGCAACCUUCGAUGGUGAUCGAGGAAUCGGACCCACCCUCGCUGAAGGCCCUGGUCAUGGAUCCGUACAUCAUCGUGGCCGCCGGAGCGAUCACCUUCGCCAACAUGGGCAUUGCGAUGCUGGAACCGUCGCUGCCGAUCUGGAUGAUGGACAAUAUGGGUGCCAGCCGGUGGGAACAGGGCGUCACGUUUCUUCCCGCGUCAAUCAGCUAUCUCAUCGGAACGAACCUCUUUGGACCGCUGGGUCAUCGCAUCGGACGGUGGCUGGCCGCCCUUCUGGGACUGGUCAUUAUCGGACUGUGUCUACUCCUCAUCCCAAUGGCCACCUCCAUCCAUCACCUAAUCCUGCCGAACGCCGGCCUCGGCUUUGCCAUCGGAAUGGUCGACUCGUGCAUGAUGCCCGAGCUGGGAUACCUGGUGGACAUCCGGCACACGGCCGUGUACGGCAGCGUCUACGCCAUCGGUGACGUGGCGUUCUGUUUGGGUUUCGCCAUCGGACCAGCGCUCAGUGGCACCUUGGUCAACACCAUCGGCUUCGAGUGGAUGCUGGUGGGCAUCUCGAUCCUGUGCUUCCUGUACGCGCCCCUGCUGCUGAUGCUCCGGGCACCCCCGACCAAGGAGGAAAAGAAGUCCCUGAUGAGUGUCGGUGAGCGUUCGUCGGUGCGUUACGUGACCUACCAGAACGAGGACGACGACGAGUAAGGCGGUAUGCUACACCCAGAUCGGAAACCCAAACGGCUACUUCUUCAGGACAAGAGCAACGUAUUUGGAAAACAACACUGCAACUGCAACCAGAAACAACAACAGCAACAACACAAAACCGAGAAUGGAAGCUUCAAAGUAUGUUUUAUAAAGACAUUUAGAUAGAAAAUGGGAACAGAUUUCAGCCGAAAGAUACAAUAAAAACGAACGAAGGAGAGGAUAUUGCUGGUAUUUUAGAGGAGUUUUUAAAGUCCAAUGAAGCCAUAUUUUUAGUACACAAAAGUUUUAAGAUUAUUACAACCAAUAUGAUAAGAUGUGUUGCCUACAAAAACAGACUACACUUGUUGAAAAGAGCACUAAAAAAAAAUAAUAUUGAAAGUGAGACUAGGAAAAGGUUAAUGGAAGAAAAAGUUGAAAGUGGUUAUCAGAAAAUAUAACAUGUAAAUGUACACACACACAUAGAAAGCACUACCCGAGUAAAACUUUGAAACAAAUCAUUGGUAAAUCGAAUCAACACUGCAAAGUGGUUGAGCAACGGUACAUCUCUCUUUCUGUCAUCGCAAACAAGAAUGGCGAACAGAGCAAAAAAAACAAACGAACAACAACAACGUAUAUAAACAUUAAAAUUUAACUAGAAUUACUCCCUGCAAACUCUCAAGUCAAUCGGUUCCUUGAGUUAUUUUGUGUGUUUUUUCUGAUUUUUUUUUCAAUAUUCAGAAUUGCAAGCCUUAAAUAUCUUAAUUAAACUUGUUCCAAAAUUUAAAAAAUGCAUUACAAUUUCAAUCUUAUUGAUCUUUGCUGAGUUUUUUUAUAACAAAAAUAAUUCUUUUGAAAUAAUUUUUGUUUAUAUAACAACCAUGCUUUUUGAAGCAAAUCACAUGUUUCACAACCCAUGUAUAACACUAAAUGCACAGUACUCGCAGCAAACAUGUUACGAGAACUUCUGUUCGACUUCGUUUGACUAAUUUUUCUGUCUUUAAAAACGCUCAAAAUAACUCUAGAAAUCGAACUAACCAAAGGCAGAAGGACAGUCUCAUGACUGCCACCGGAGUGCAGGCAAUCCGAACCAGUUGCAACGGUCACAUGAAUCACGUUUUGACUGUAGAUUUGAAGCAUCUACUUUUGGUACUGUCUUAAGCAUGUUAGAUCUAAAGGAAAAUGGGAAAUCGUUGACUUUCAAAUGGAAUUUGGAUUGCCUGAUCUCAAUGUGAAACAAUUAUUUGACAUGAGUUCAUAAAUUUCAAUUUGAAAUUAUUUCAAAUUUUGUUGAUUUAAAAAAAGUUUUAAGUUUCUUUUUCUAUAGCUCUGUUAUAAACGACUAUUUUAAACAAUUUCUCUGAAUUUCCACUUUAAAAUAAAAUUAUUUAUUUAAAAUAUUUAUAUUUUUUUUAUAGAAAUUUUCAACGAAAAUUUUAAAUUUAAGUUUUUUUAAAGUAGAAUCGGUCGAAUUAAUCCUGUAAACUCUAGUCAAAUAGCGGAAUCACAAAACAAUUGCCUACCAAGGUUGAUCGAAAGAAAAAUUAACAUAGCUUCAUGCUAUUCACAAACUAUGCUACGAAUGUUAUCUCUGUUAUUGUUUGACAUUUGCUUAUGUUACGUUUCAAAACAUGCACCGUCCUUCAAAAAACAAAAAAAAAUAUCUUGUCGCUUAGACCAUUAAAUGUUUUGUUUUCAACUUUACAUUAAACUUAACAUUGAGCAAUUCCAGAGUUUUUUUGAAAAGGUCCUAUAAACAUAUGGAAGACAAGAGCUUAUUGGACCUUUCAAAAAAAAACUCAAGAAUUUUUUUUCAACUGCCACAUAGUUACUUCAACUUCAAAAUAGUUAGAGAUUAUUUUCAAAAAAGAUAACUAGAACCAAUGCAUUCACAUUUAUCGUGAAACUAGCAGCACUGCAAAUGUCAAAAAGUAUGAGUCUGACUCAAGGUGUCUGGAUAAAAAAGAUGUAUCGGAUUUUCCAGCUGUAAAGUUAGCACGGAAUGCUUUUUUGUGGAGAUUUCCAAAAGUGAAAAAAAAACAAUUUCUGAGUUAAUUUCAUCAUAUUAAAAAAAAAUAAAAGCGUUAAAAUUUGCCCGUAAAUUGGUAAUACAGAGCGGAUUCGUUAAUUCAAAUUUCACUACUUCGAACGUCCGGUUGACGUUUCAACACCAUUGUUCGACAAUUUCGAACACGUGGUUUCCAAGGUAUGUAGAUUAGUAAGGUAAGGCGGGUUUUCCAGCUGUCAAAAUAGUUAGUUAGCACGAAACCCGGAUUUUAUAUGGAGAUUUUCAGAAAAGUGAAAAUUUUACCAUUUUCCGGGCAAAUUUCACCAGAUUUUUUUUCUGUAGGGUUGUUAAGCAUGUCAAACUGAACUGAAAUACGCCUUUAAAACAAAAAUAUAAAAAAAAUUACUAAACGCGUUUUUCGGUUCAGUUUGGAAUGCUUAACAACCCUAUAGAAAAAAAAUCCGGUGAAUUUUGCCCGAACAUUGGUCAAAACUUCACUUUUAUGAAAAUCUCCAUAUAAAAUCCUGGUUUCGUGCUAACUAUUUUGACAGCUGGGAAAUCCCGCCUUACCUUAUCUAAUCUCCAUACCUUGCGUGGUUUCAAGCUUUUGACAGCUGUCAGUCGUUCCAAUUAGCGAAUUUGGAUUCGCUCAUUAGAAUGCUGUUCCAUUCGAAUUAGCGAAUCCGCUCUGUAUUUGACUCUUCCGAAACAUCCUUAAAAAAUCACUUUUCAUGAUAAAUUUUUAGAAGACAGCUGAAAAAAUCACCGUUUCUUUCGGAUACAUUGAAGCAAGGAACUGUCACAAAUUAGUUAAGCAAAAAUAAAUACAAGCCUAUUUCAAGCUUUCGAAUUAGGCUGAUGAAUUUUAAUCAUUUGAGUCAAGCAAUCUGAACUGUUUAUUGUAUUACUUAUUUUUAACUUAUAUUUUGCAAUGUAAAUUUUUUUUUAAGUUUUUUAAAUUUCUAAUGCCACAACAAAAUUUCAAGUGACCCAAUUACAGCAUAUUUUAUGAUCUCAGCGACAAAAUAUUGCGGGACGGUCUUAUCUGACGGAUGAUGGGAAUAAUUUACUCACUUAACCAACAAAUGACGAUCGCAACUUUCUGUACAAAAGGAAUCGUCUGAUCAUUGUCUAAACUCUGGUCGUCUAUAUCGAGCGAGAGCUGUAGCAUUAUCUUGCUUUUAAACUUAAUCUAAAUAUCACACUAUCCACACAAAAAAACUGGAACUAUUUCGUGCAGAAAAUUGUAAAAAUCUUUUUUUAGUCCGACAAUUACUAGUAUUGUCAAAAUCCAUAAAGAAUAACGUCCUUUAUAGAUUAUCGUAGCUAUAAUCAAAGAGCAGUUUAAAGUCUAGCAUAAUAUUAACUGUUAUUACAAAACGAUUCACAACACAUCACAAUUAUGGAGAGUUUUUUUGGUGAAUCCGAUAUACACGCAAAAUUCGAAUGGCUGCGAAUUUUACUGGUAUAUCACUGAGCUAGAAAGAAGAAAAUAAUUUCUUAUUUUACGAGUCUAUAGAUGAAGUGAACAAGAGUAUCCAUAGCAAUACAAAGAAAGUUCUAUGUUUUAGGCAAUAGCGCAAACCUGCCCUCAGUUUGAAUAAAUAGAUUGAAUCAUUCACUAAGUUCAUAAAAGAGUAAACCAUGUUAGAUUUGAACCUGUAAAGAGAACCCGUUAUGUAGUUUAUAUAAUUAUUUAGCAAACAAGUAGAGUAUCGGUAUGCAACUAAAACGGUAUUGUACAGCGUCUAAGGUGUAACCAAAAAAGUUUAACAUUCUGAUAAAUGUGGGCUUCAUAUAAAACAACAAAAAAAGAACAAAACACACACACUAUCACUAUUUCUAGACUGUCACCACUUACACAUACAAUCAUGAAUUGCUGACUCAAUCAAAAUGCGUUGUACAGGAAAUCUACUAGGCUCUUGGUUAAAAUCACCUAAUUUACGGUAUAAUCGGUUCGGUACUGUCCUAAAUUGUAUAAUCUAACUAAUCACGUCUAGUCGUCUAUGUUGAAGUCCUCGAAAGAAGGAGUAAACAAAACAAAACGAACACAUUAUAAUACUAACGAGUACACUAGUAGCACAUAUAUACUAAAAAAGAAUGUAGAAAAAUUCGGUCUUACUUGCGCCGUGUUAUUGUGAAUUAGACAAUAACUUACUUACUUUUGCGUGGAAGGAAUUUUGAACCAAAAACCAAAACUCAGCAUAAUUUUUGGCGAACCGAAAUCAAAUCGGAAACACACACUUGAAAAAAAAAAACCUGUCAUGUGGAAUUCUAUCUAAUCGAAGGAGGCUGAUUUUCUUUUUUCGUUUGAUUUCGUGCACUAAACGGUUAGUUUGUUGUACUUACUUAGAGAGAGGCUGGUAUGGGGUCACACAUCAAGGAAUUAGUAGAACGUUAAGCGAUUUAUGUAGGUCAAAAACAAACACUUCUGCUAAAACAUAACACAUAAACACUUACUCACACUUGUAGUUACAC